UGUGGGGUAUAAGUAAUAAAUUAUUGUUAUUAUAAGAGCCUUAGGGAAAUGGCUCUCCUGCUUUCUGUUCUGACCCUGUUUAUGCUAAGAUUAAAGCCGCUGUUUUGAGCAAAGUGAAACUUAAGGAAACGAAACUGAACAGGGCAGGGCAGAGCAAAUACCAAUAAGACAAAAGACAGCGGUAAAAAGCAGGCAUUUCCUUCUUUAUUGCCAGCGGAGGUGAAAGCAGACCCAGAAGCUGCUGGAUCGUCUCUCCUGCCUCAACCCCUCUACCAUGGACCUCCUCUACAGGUGUGGACCAAAAGAACUCGAUAAUUUCAUCUUUCAAUAUCUCCAGCCCAAUAGGGAAUUUAAUCAGCAGGUGUGCAGUGCCAUCAACUUCAUCUGUGAAUUCCUGAAAUCCACUUGCUUCAGGGAUAUGACCCCUCCUCGACCCAAGGUGCUGAAGGUUGUCAAGGGUGGCUCAUCUGGCAAAGGCACAGCUCUGAAAGGGGGAUCGGAUGCUGACCUUGUGCUGUUCCUUGACAUCUUCAAUGGCUACGAAGACCAGGAGAGAGACAGGUGGUUUAUCAUCCAGGAGAUUGAGAAGAGGCUCAAGGAAUGCCGGAGACUAAUAGGGAGCGAUAUAGAAGUACGGAUUGAAAAACCAAAGUGGGACAAUCCACGGGUGCUCAGCUUCCAACUUCGUUCUGGCGAUUUCACAGAGUACAUUGAUUUUGAUGUCCUGCCGGCCUUUGAUGCUCUCGGUCACUACUGGGGCGACAUGCCUGACCCCCAGGUGUACAUCAGACUGAUUGACAGCAGCAGAGGCCAGGGGGGUCAGUUCUCUCCCUGCUUCACGGAGUUGCAGAAAGACUUCAUCAGGGAGCGCCCUACCAAACUGAAAAGUCUCAUCCGUCUGGUGAAAUACUGGUACAAACAGCUGCCAAAAUUGCAAUCGAAGCCCCCAAAGUAUGCACUCGAGUUGCUGGCUGUCUACGCCUGGGAACAAGACGGUGAGAGGACUUAUUUCGACAUGGCGGAAGGUUUCCGGACGGUCCUUUGGCUCAUCCAACAGUACAGAGACCUCUGCAUCUUUUGGACAAAGUACUAUGACUUUCAGAAUGAGACUCUCAAGAAAUACCUGCAUACUCAACUCCGAAAAACCAGGCCCGUCAUUCUUGACCCAGCAGAUCCAACCGGGAACGUAGGAGAGGGGAAACGCUGGGAUCUACUCGCAGAAAAGGCCGCGGAGUGUGCUACGCAGGAAUGCUUCAGGAAAGCCGAUGGCUCCAUGGUUCAACCCUGGAAUGUGCCGCUGCAAGUGCCCUGGGAAGAGCCAUACUCUUGCACCAUACUCUGAGGAGACCCCUUCCAGCCUCGUCGUAAGAGAAGCUCUCCGUGGGUGUCUGAAGAGGCUUAUAUUGCUUUCCAAGCUAUUGAAAUAAAAAAUUUAAGGUCUUA